GGGGGGGGGGGCGGCGGCGAAGAGAGAGCUGCCCAUUAAAACCUGCGCUGAGAGUCCUGGCGGCGGCGGCGGCGGCGGCGCGGGACGCGUCACAUCCCCUUGACCCUCCAAUCACCUCGGGCUCCCAUUUGAUUGGAAGGCGGCAAAGGCUUUAAUCUCCCCCUCGGUGCAGCUGCUUUUGAAGUGAGUUUCCUCGCCAGAGCCCCGGCUGGACAGGCAGCAGCUCACAUCGCAGAGCGCAGCGGCGGCGCGGGGCCGCGAGUGCGCAACGCAGGGGCGCAGCCCGAGGCGGACCCCGCCAGCCCCCCCGGCGCUCCCGCAGUCCGGCCGGCUCCUCCCGCUCGGCCCCGGCUUCUCCGCCCGCCACCCAGGAUUAUUCGCUUCGGGAUCCCGGCGCCGAGGAGGCGCGCUGGGCGCUGGUGGCCGCCGCGCCAGCUCCUUCUGCUGCUGCUGCUGCUGCUGCUGCUGCCGCCGCUCCUGCUCCCCGGGCGAGCGCGCAGCCCCGAGCCCGCCCCGCACCCGGAGCCCUCCCCCCCCGCUGCUCCCAUGCGCGCGGGUGGGUCAUGAGCACAGCGCCCUCGCUUUCUGCCCUACGAAGCAGUAAGCACAGCGGCGGCGGCGGCGGCGGCGGCGCCGCGGACCCUGCCUGGACCAGCGCACUCUCUGGAAAUUGCUCCCGCCCCGGCCCCGGCUCGUCCCCGGCCGGCAGCACCAAGCCUUUUGUGCACGCCGUGCCCCCCUCUGACCCACUCCGCCAGGCGAACCGCCUGCCCAUCAAGGUGCUGAAGAUGCUGACCGCAAGGACUGGCCACAUUUUGCACCCCGAGUACCUGCAGCCCCUGCCUUCUACUCCUGUCAGUCCUAUCGAGCUUGAUGCCAAGAAGAGUCCGCUGGCACUGUUGGCGCAAACAUGCUCGCAGAUCGGCAAGCCAGACCCUUCGCCCUCCUCCAAACUCUCCUCGGUCGCCUCCAAUGGGGGCGGCGCGGGCGGCGCCGGCGGCGGCGCCGGGGGCGAUAAGGACGCCAAGUCGGGGCCCCUCAAGUUGAGCGACAUCGGCGUGGAGGACAAGUCGAGUUUCAAGCCGUACUCCAAACCCGGCUCGGAUAAGAAGGAGCCGGGAGGCGGCGGCGGCGGCGGCGGCGGGGGCGGCGGCGGCGGCGGCGGCGGCGGCGGGGGGGUUUCGGCGGAGAAGUCCGGAUUCCGGGUACCGAGCGCCACCUGCCAGCCGUUCACGCCCAGGACAGGCAGCCCCAGCUCCAGCGCGUCGGCCUGCUCGCCAGGAGGCAUGCUGCCCUCGGCCGGGGGCGGCCCCGAGGGCAAGGACGACAAGAAGGACCCCGACGCUGGCGGCGGCGGCGGCAGCAAGGGCUCCGGGAGCGCGUCGGCCGAAGGGGGCCCCGCGGGGCUGGCGCACGGCCGGAUUAGCUGCGGCGGCGGCAUCAGUGUGGAUGUGAACCAGCACCCAGACGGGGGCCCGGGCGCCAAGGCGCUCGGCUCGGACUGCGGCGGCUCCUCGGGCUCCAGCUCGGCCUCCGGCCCCAGCGCGCCCACCUCGUCCUCGGUGCUGGGCUCUGGGCUGGUGGCUCCCGUUUCGCCCUACAAACCGGGCCAGACAGUGUUUCCUCUGCCUCCCGCGGGCAUGACCUACCCGGGCAGCCUGGCGGGCGCCUACGCCGGCUACCCGCCCCAGUUCCUGCCCCACGGCGUGGCCCUGGACCCCACCAAGCCCGGCAGCCUGGUGGGGGCGCAGCUGGCGGCCGCCGCGGCGGGCUCUCUGGGCUGCAGUAAGCCGGCGGGCUCCAGCCCCUUGGCCGGGGCGUCGCCGCCGUCGGUGAUGACCGCCAGCUUGUGCCGGGACCCGUACUGUCUCAGCUACCACUGCGCCAGCCACCUGGCCGGGGCGGCGGCCGCCAGCGCCUCCUGCGCGCACGACCCCGCCGCGGCGGCCGCGGCGCUCAAGUCCGGAUACCCGCUGGUGUACCCCACGCACCCGCUGCACGGCGUGCACUCGUCGCUCACGGCGGCCGCGGCGGCCGGCGCCACCCCGCCCUCCCUGGCCGGCCACCCGCUCUACCCCUACGGCUUCAUGCUCCCCAACGACCCGCUGCCCCACAUCUGCAACUGGGUGUCGGCCAACGGGCCGUGCGACAAGCGCUUCGCCACGUCCGAAGAGUUGCUGAGCCACUUGCGGACCCACACGGCCUUCCCCGGGACAGACAAACUGCUGUCGGGCUACCCCAGCUCGUCGUCUCUGGCCAGCGCCGCCGCGGCCGCCAUGGCGUGCCACAUGCACAUCCCCACGUCGGGCGCUCCGGGCAGCCCCGGGACGCUGGCGCUGCGCAGCCCCCACCACGCGCUGGGACUCAGCAGCCGCUACCACCCCUACUCCAAGAGCCCGCUCCCCACCCCCGGCGCCCCCGUACCGGUGCCCGCCGCCACCGGACCCUACUACUCCCCCUACGCCCUCUACGGACAGAGACUAACCACGGCCUCGGCGCUGGGCUACCAGUGAAGGCGGCCGGGGCCGAGCCGGGCGCCCGGGCGCGGGCGGAGGGGAGGGGCCGCGGGAGGGGCGGGAGCGGGGCAGAGGCGACGGUCACCCGUGCGCGGGGAAGGCCAGGGCCAGCGGAGGAAAACGUUCUAUGCCCGCCGUAUCCAUCCCCCUAAAGCACGACGGAGAGCCGGUGGGAAACACCACUCCCCCACCCCACCCACCUCUCACUCCCCACCCAAACUUUCUAAAAGUUGGAAAAAUAUCAUUUGACUUUUUAUAGAAAAAAAAGAAAGAAAAAUAAUCGAGGUGUUCGUCUAAGGACUGCAUCGAUGGGCACCGGUAUUUAUUUAUGUUAGCUCCAAGCGGACCCGUGGUUCAGAAGUGCAUUAUUUAGUUUGAGCUCUGUAGGUAAAGAGGAGGGGGGAUUAAAACUCGAGGGUAAGAAAAAUGUGGAAAACAAACCCUCCCAUCCCUUGUAGAUUAUAAAUAAAUACAAAACCGCCACAGAACUAGAGGUCUUCUCUUUAAUGUUACUUUAAACUUGCUAUGAUUGUAUUGUACGUUCUUAUUUAAUGUCUGAUCGAAACACCAAUUUACAUGCAUGUUUGUUACCAAAAAAAAGAAAAAGAAAAAAAAACAAGUCACAAUUUGUUCAACUCUGAUUUCAAAUUGCAAUUAUUUUUAAGGUGUAUACCAUCGAAAGAGAAUGGGUAUUUUUUUGUAUGUAUUCUGGAAGAAAACAAAAAAAAAAGGAAAAACAAUUCUAUUCCAAAACCUCAUUUGCCUUAUUUUGUUCUUUAAAAGGAACACUUAACUAUUUUUAAUUUUUAAGUCCACCCGCUGAGAAGGGGACAAGUAAGGUUUACGUCAUGUACUAAAAUAAUAGACAAUGUAUCGCUUUAAAGAUUAAAAUUCCGUAUAUUUGAUGUAUUAAAAGGUUUUACUUCUU